AUGGCCUCAGCUGCGGUUACCAAGAAGUUGAGGGAGGAAGCCACCUGCCCCAUCUGCCUGGAGCUCAUGACUGAGCCUGUGAUUAUCGACUGUGGGCACAGCUACUGCCGCAUGUGCAUACUGGGCUUUAUCGGGAACCAAAGCUCUGAAACAUCAUCUCUGGGGACAUUUCAUUGUCCCCAGUGUCGGGAACCUUUUAAAAGAGAUAGCAUCCGGCCCAACAAGCACCUGGCAAAUAUCAUUGAAACCAUCAAGGAGACAAAGUGUGAAAGGUUGUGUGAGAAACAUGGCGAGCAGCUCCACCUGUUCUGUGAGGAUGAUGGUCAGCUCAUCUGCUGGCGCUGUGAGCACUCACCAGAGCACAAAGGACAUGUCACUGCUCUUGCUGAAGAUGCUUGCAAAGGCUACAGGGAACAACUCCAGAAAGCAGUCACAAAACUGAAAGUAACAGAAUCUAAAUAUAAGCAGCUGAAACUAAACACAACUCGAAAAAUAAGUAGUUGGAAGGAAACAAUAAGGAAUGAGGAAGAAAGAGUCCAUUCUGAAUUUAUGUGUCUUCACAUAUUCCUGCACCAGGAGGAGGAGUUAUAUAUGUGUCAACUGAAGAAAGAAAAAGAGCAGAAGCUGAGCAGACUGCAGGACAGUGUAGCCCAUCUGGACAACAAACUACAGGAACUCAAGAACUGUAUCCUGGAACUGGACAAGAAAUGUCAGGGCUCAGCACAGAAUUUGCUACAGGAUAUAAAAGACACCUUGAGCAGGAACUCAGCUAUCGAUAUGGAAACACCAGAGGAUAUUUCUUUGGAGGUGCAUACUGUGUGCAAUGUCUCUGAACUUUACUUUAGUGUCAGAAAAAUGUUAAAGCGCUAUCAAGUUGGUGUGACUCUGGAUCCAAAUACUGCUCGUGGAGAUUUAGAUCUGUCUGUUGAUCAGAGAAGAGUGCAAAACGUUGGAACAUAUUUCUCUAGAUUUGCAAGGAGGCCUCAAACUACUGAACAAUUUACGGCCUUACCCUCUGUCCUGGGCCGUGAGCGCUUCACCUCAGGAAGACAUUACUUUGAAGUGGAUGUGAGAGAAGGAACUCAGUGGAGUGUAGGAGUUUGUCUGGACAACAUGCCAAGGGACACAUGGAUGCCUAGGUCUGGAUUCUGGAUUAUCAGACUGAGAAAGAACGGGAAGAAUAUAGCCCUUAGUUCUAAAGCCAUUACUCUUGCACUGAUGAACAAGCCUGAAGUAGUAGGGAUUAUGCUCGACUAUGAGGCUGGGCUUGUGUCCUUCUACAAUGCCACUGCUGGUUCCCACAUCUACACCUUCCCGAAGGCCUCCUUCUCUCAGGCUCUCAGACCUUAUUUCCAGGUCAAUGACUUUUCUUCUUUGUUCCUGAUUUCCUCAAAUGAGUAA